UACAUUUGCAUAUAUCAUGUCUUUUUAUUCAUGGACUUUAAGUGAACUAAUCUUUUUUUAAUAUUGUGGUAAAACAUGCAUAAUAUAUAUGUGCCAUUUUAACCAUUUUUAAGCAUUUAAUUUGGUAACAUUAAGUACAUGUACACUGCUGUGCAACCAUAGCCACUGUCCGCUCCAGAACUCUUUUCAUCUUUUAAAACUGAAACUUUAUCUGUUGAGCAAUAAUUCUCCAUCCUCCUCCUCCGGCCCUUUUUACUUUGUAUCAAAAUAGAAUAUACAGAAAAGUUCACGUAUCAGAAAUACACUGACAAACCACUGAGAAACCACGAGGAAGGGAAUGUUUGUAAGUGUUAGUGUAGAGGUUCCUCUUUUCUUUCCAGAACCAGUUCCUAGUUCUCAUAGUACAGAUUUACCUUCUCUUAACCACCACGUAACUUCAGUUGAUAAUGUUAUCCCGACUGACUGGUGACUAGCUCGGAGCCAGGAGGCUGUGCCCAAGAGCGUGUAGAAAGUGCUGUGCAGCAGUGCGUCACAAGGGUUUUGCAUACGGCUUAGUCGAGGCUUUUGGAACCGCCCUCAGCUGCACCUUAUGCUAUAUUAGUGCUUCUCAGACAGGAAGAAUUUUCUUUUGCUGGUGAAGCUCGUCUGGUUAUCUUCAGGCCUGCAUCCAAGCCUGGCAUCGCUGGAUAUUGUCAACUCUGCUGUUGUUCUAGGACAAACUCAAGGACAGAAGAACUCAGAGUGCCUUAAGGCAACUCUUCUCUUGAAGCAUCUGCAACAGAUGACCAUUGGCAAAGUCAGCCAGAACUUUAUAUACCAGAAGAUUGGAUAACCAAGAAAUGACUAAUCAGGAGUCUGCUGUACAUGUGAAAAUGAUGCCAGAAUUCCAGAAAAGUUCAGUUCGAAUCAAGAACCCUACCAGAGUAGAAGAAAUUAUCUGUGGUCUCAUCAAAGGUGGAGCUGCCAAACUUCAGAUAAUAACGGACUUUGAUAUGACACUCAGUAGAUUUUCAUACAAAGGCAAAAGAUGCCCAACGUGUCAUAAUAUCAUUGACAACUGUAAGCUGGUUACAGAUGAAUGUAGAAAAAAGCUGUUGCAACUAAAGGAAAAAUAUUAUGCGAUUGAAGUUGAUCCUGUUCUUACUGUAGAAGAGAAGUACCCUUACAUGGUGGAAUGGUAUACUAAAUCACAUGGUUUGCUUGUUGAACAAGCUCUACCAAAAGCUAAGCUUAAAGAAAUUGUGGCAGAAUCUGACGUUAUGCUCAAGGAAGGGUAUGAGAAUUUCUUUGAUAAGCUCCAACAACAUAGUAUUCCCGUGUUCAUAUUUUCGGCUGGAAUCGGUGAUGUCCUAGAGGAGGUUAUCCGUCAGGCUGGCGUCUAUCAUCCAAAUGUCAAAGUUGUCUCCAAUUUUAUGGAUUUUGAUGAAACUGGAGUGCUCAAAGGAUUUAAAGGAGAACUAAUUCAUGUAUUUAACAAACAUGAUGGUGCCUUGCGGAAUACAGAAUAUUUCAAUCAACUAAAAGACAAUAGUAACAUAAUUCUUCUGGGAGACUCUCAAGGAGACUUAAGAAUGGCAGAUGGAGUGGCCAAUGUUGAGCACAUUCUGAAAAUUGGAUAUCUGAAUGAUAGAGUGGAUGAGCUUUUAGAAAAGUACAUGGACUCUUACGAUAUUGUUUUAGUACAAGAUGAAUCACUGGAAGUGGCCAACUCUAUUUUACAGAAGAUUCUAUAAACAGGCAUUCUCCAAGAAGACCUCUGUCCUGUGGGUGCAAUUGAACUGCUCAUCUGUUCAUCUUGCUGAAAGACUUAUUUAUAAUAUAUCCAUACUCUCGAAGUGUUCCCUUUGUAUAACUGAAGUAUUUUCAGACAUGGUGAAUGCAUCAACUGGAAGCUCUUUUUUCUCCACCUCUCUCAACACACUCCUCACCCUAUCUUUUAACACAUUAAAAAAAAUUCUGGCCAGGCAUGGUGGCUCACACCUGUAAUCCCAGCACUUUGGGAGGCCAAGGCGGGCGGAUCACGAGGUCAAGAGAUUGAGACCAUCCUGGCCAACAUGGUGAAACCUCGUCUCUACUAAAAAUACAAAAAAUUAGCUGGGCAUGGUGGCGCGCGCCUGUAGUCCCAGCUACUCGGGAGGCUGAGGUAGGAGAAUUGCCUGAACCCAGGAGGCAGAGGACGCGGUGAGCCGAGAUCGCGCCAUUGCAUUCCAGCCUGGAGACAGUGAGACUCCGUCUCCAAAAAAAAAAAUAAAUCUUAAAGCCAAAAUUAGAAAAAUAGCUCCCUACUUUUCCAAAGUGAAUUUUGUAGAUCAAUGUUACCAUGCAGUUUUUGAGGAGUCUUUUACACUGGGAAAGUUUGUAGAAAUUUUCAAAUAAGUUUUAUGAAAUGGUGAAAUAAUAUGCAUGAUUUUAAGUACUGCCAUUUUUAUAAUUUGGGUUAUUAUGCUGAUGGUAUCACAUCUCUUGAACUUGUGUUAGGUUUUGUUAUUUUGUCUUGGGAAAAUCAAUAUUUCCCAGAAAAGACUGGCGCUUACAGUUGGAAAAAACUGGUGGUGUUUACAACGUUGCUAAUCGUUACAGAACAUUCUACACUGAAGCACUGAUAAUAAAUAUGAAGUGAAAAGUCUUUUUAA